CGUGUAUUCUGCAUUUUUAGGCACUCGAUUGCCGAUUCCACUCGUUCUGGAAGUGUUAAUCGGAUUGUCGCAUUCUGGACCCGGCGCGAUCGGCACUUCUUCGACAGUGCUUCGACAAUCAUUCUCCGUUGAUCUCGGUCUUUCUUUCUCAUUAAAUUUAGAGCUCUUUCCACAAUAAACCCGACUAUAUUGCACUAUAUCAGAUCUAUAGUGGCCUCUAGUUAAAGGUGCAGCUCCCUGAGAGGGCCGCGUACUGAUCGUCCUUGUCUCGGAUUCCGCCACGUCGAACCAACUUCGUCACUCAAAACCACCCACCCGCGCAUGAGUGUUUCUUUCUGUAGCGUGGGUAGACUCCUCCCCCUUCCGCUACACACAUGAUGGCGUUGAAAUGCUUUUUGCGUCCUUGGCAGUGGAUGCUGUGGCUGCUGCUUGUCUCUUACUGCCGCGCAUUCUACAUCCCCGGCUACUCGAUCAAUCGGUAUAACGACGGCGACAGCAUCCCACUUCUCGUGAACAAGAUCUUCUCCGACUUUACACAAUUGCAAUAUGCCUACUUCGACCUCCCCUUCGUCUGCCCCCCGAGUGGGCGCACACACGGCGGCUCUCCCUUCGGCUCCGGACAGAGUCUCUCGUUGAACCUGGGCGAAAUCCUACGCGGAGACCGAAUCAUGACAUCGGACUUCGAACUGGCGAUGGGCAAAAACGUCGAAUGCCAGCCGCUCUGUACGCAGGAAGUCGGGCGGAAAGACGUCCAAUGGGGCCGUGAGCUUAUCAAGGAUGGUUACGUCGCGGAGUGGAUUGCGGAUAACUUGCCUGGGGCUACGAGUUUUGUUACUGUCGAUCGGAGUCGCAAGUACUAUUCUACCGGAUUUAAGCUGGGAUACCAGGAAAUUUCGCCUGAGGAUGGGAAGCGGAGAUAUUUUCUGAAUAACCAUGUUACUAUUGUGAUUCGUUGGAGGCAGGCUCCUGAUGGGCAGGGGAAGGUUGUUGUUGGGUUCGAGGUAUAUCCGAAGAGUAUUACGGCUAGUGAUCGUGAAGAGGGUGGAUGUCCGAAGCAAGUCCAUGAUCCCCACGCUGGAUUCGAAUUGAAUAUUCCGCCAAACCUGGAGAAGUUGAAGGAAAAGUACCCCGGAUCGUCGUAUCUUCCCGAAUACGAUGAAGAUUUGGAAGACGGUGCGACACUGAAGAUCCCGUUCACCUACUCGGUCUACUUCAGGGAAGAGAACGGUGUUGACUGGAGCAAUCGGUGGGAGCUCUAUUUCAACAAUCAGGAAGAAGGCUCGACGACCCAUUGGCUCGCUAUUCUGAACUCGUUGAUCAUUUCUGGAGUUCUUGGUGUCGCGGUGUAUGUGAUCUGGAGCCGGACCAUCCAAGGCGACAUCAAGGGCCGCGGAGAUGGAGCAAUGGACGACACGAAGAUCAAACUCGGUAGCAAGGGUAAGGGCCAGGGCGAGGGAGUAUUGGAGCAAGGAACGGACGUUGAACGCGACGCUGAUGCUGGUUCUGAUGACGACGAAUCUAUCGAGGACGUGAGCGGAUGGAAGCUCCUCCAUGGGGAUGUUUUCCGCGUGCCUGAAUACAGUGGGCUGCUUGCACCUCUCGUUGGCUCAGGGAUGCAGCUUUUCUUCGUGGUCUCGGGAUUGCUUCUGCUCAGUUGCUUGGGUGUGUUGAACCCUAGCUUCCGAGGCGGGUUUGUCAGUGUCGGUAUGGGUCUGUUUGUGUUUGCGGGUCUCUUCUCUGGGUACUUUUCUGGCAGACUGUACAAGACGUUUGGCGGUUCGAACUGGCGCAGGAAUACUUUGAUUACUGCCCUGCUCUUCCCCGGAUUGACCUUUUCCCUCAUCUUCAUUCUGAACCUGUUCACCUGGGCCCAAGCAUCCAGCACAGCCAUUCCAUUCGGCACACUAGUUAGCCUAGUCGCCCUAUGGCUCCUCAUCCAAGUCCCCCUAGUCUACCUCGGCAACUGGCUAGGCCACGUUCGCGCCUCAGCCUGGGAACACCCAACCAAAACCACCUCAAUCGCGCGCCAAGUCCCCAUCCAACCCUGGUACCUGCGCAGCGUCUCCGGCACCCUCCUAACGGGUCUAAUCCCCUUCGCUGUCCUUUUCAUCGAACUCCUCUUCCUCUUCCGCAACCUCUGGCAAGACAAAUCUAGCUACUACUACGUCUUCGGCUUCCUAAGCUCCGUCUCCCUAAUCCUCCUGGUCACAAUCGCCGAAGUAACCAUCAUCGCCACGUACUCCCAGCUCUGCGCUGAAAACCACCACUGGUGGUGGCAGAGUUUCUUGACCGGUGGCAGCAGUGCGUUCUGGAUCUUUGCGUACUGCAUCUGGUACUAUAUGUUCAAGUUGAAUGUGACGGGGUUUGUGUCGGGUCUGUUGUUUUUCAGUUAUAGUUUCUUGGCGUGUGCAGUUUAUGGGCUGUUGACGGGGACUGUUGGGUUUUUGACGGCUUAUGCUUUUGUUAAGAGGAUUUAUAGUUCUGUUAAAGUUGAUUGAGUGGCCUGAUACGGGUCAGGUCGAGUAUAAAGUCAUUAUAGUUAAAUAUAUUCCAUUAUUACUUUAUACUGUAUAGUACUACACUGGACAGGACUAGCAAGCUUGCUGGAUAGAGAUAUUAUAGCAUCGUUUUGUAUGCAAUCAACUGUAUUGUUUUCUUUGCAGUGAACUCACCCC